AUGGAACAUAGUCUAUUUAGCUCUCCCAUAAUUGAUCCAAUAACAAUCCAACUUUACGAUUAGGAGAAAAUAGUAUGAUAAUCUUUAUUAUCAUUAUAGCCUUUUAAAGUUAUUGUUCGAUGUGAAAGCCAGGAACUAUCAUUAAAUGUAAUAAUUCUACAUAAUUUCAGGCAUAUUAAAGACCAAUAACAAUAAAUGAUCAAUUUUUAUUUGAGUUUAUGAAUAACAGAAAUCUUAAACAUUUAGCCAGCGAUAUUCAGGAUUUUAAGGUUUAAUUAGAACAAAAAUACCAUUAAAAUAAUGAAGAAAAUUUCUUGGAAAGGUAUGAAGCCACAUGUAAACUAUUCUUGGGCACUUAAUUUUUAAAAACAUCCAAUAAUAAGAGAAAAUAAGAAUACUAUUUAAAGUAUUAAACUUAAUAAAUCUAAAAUUAAGAAGAUCGAUAACAGAGUCGAGUUAUUUAAGGAACUCAAAAUAUAGCCUAAAAUAGUCAACUAGGUACUUUAAGAGAUUAAAAUUAACUUCUUCUAUAAGUAAUAAUUUAUUCAUAAAUUAAAAGGGAUAAAAUUUUAAUGGAAGUAAAUCUAAAAAAACAUUGGUUUGUGGUGUCUAUGAAAAAGAGAACUUAUCUUAAAUUAACAAUUUUAUUAAAUCAUUUAGAAAUCAAGAAAUAGAUUUGGUUAUACUCUGCAAUGGGAUUGACUCAUUAGAAGGAUCAUUAAGAUAAAAAUUGUUUCGGAAUCAUGAAAAAUCAACUCUGAUCAAUAUUGAAAUAGAUAAAAAUCAAUAUUCAGUGAAUAAUGCUCUUGUGCUAUAACAUUAAUUUAACUAAAUUGAAAAUUUGCCUAAGGUAAUUUUCGUUAUAAAAUACUUUAAAUCAUCUAAUUAUGAUAUUCAAAGGUGGUUAUACAAUGGAAUUGGUAAACAUUUUGACCCUGAUUUCUUUUAUGUAACUUAAUGCUCCUUAAUCUAAUCAGAUCACUCUAUUAAUACCUAACUUAAGUCCAUUAAAUAAGAGAAUCUAUGUGCAAUUACAUGUAGUAUCUUACACAAUAAAAACUGCUCAUGGAAUCCAUUAAAUCCAAUUAAUGCAUUUAUGUUAGAACAAACAUUAGAUCUCCUUGAGAAUAUCUCAACGAAUAAAUUAGUCUCUGUUGUUCUGGAUCAUAAUCCUUUUUUCUGCUUUUAUAACUGGCAAAAAAUAAAAUAAUUUAUUGACCAAUAUUUAUAAAAAAUAAUUAAGUCAGAGUGCGAUUACGUUUAAAACAUAAUUGUUUAAGGUAAGAAUUACAUAUUACCAAGUUUGGCUGCAGAAUAAGGAUUAUUAUUUGGUAAAUCAGAUAAAAUAGUCGCAUAAGCUACCUGCGAUGAUUCACUAUCAACAAUUAUGAAUUAACAGAGAAAAAGAAAGAAUUCUAAAGCAUAUACACAUAACUAAUUUUUAGAGACUUAUUCAACUUUAAGUUCCACUUGGAAAAUCAAUCUGUUUAUUAGAUUAAUCUAAUAAAUUGCAUUGAAGACAAUGUAUAUCCAAUCUAGUUUGAAUAAUUACUUUGGUAUAAGUGCAAUUAUAUUCAUGUUUGUUUAAAGCUCUUACGAUUUUUUUGGUAAUGCAUUCGAAUACUAUUACUUUUACAUUUUGUAAUUGUCAAUUCCAGCAUUAUUUAUAUUUAGUGUAGUUACAUUUAUAAUUUUUGCAGUUCUAUUCAGAAGUCAAUACAAAAUAGCAAGGGCAAAAGGGAUCGAAGAACCAAUUAUAGUUUCAGGAAAUAUAACAUUAUAUAUAUCUUACAGUCCCCUUACAAAUUAAUGUUCCUACUGCUUUGAAGACUCGACUAUUAAAAAAGGCAAUAAAGAAUUGAAUCUUGAGAAUGUCAAAUUCGUAGGAUUCUCACCUAAUAGUUAAAUUAUGAGCUUAUACCUUUAUUACGGAAAAUAAAUCUAUUUAGCUAACUAACUUGACACAAAUAGCAUACUUCAAAAUAUUAUUAAUUUAUCUAAAGAGAGGAGAUUAGGUAAUUAGGAAAAUUAGAAUGGAGUAGUUGAAUACUUUUCAUAAAUAAUAGAUUGCAAAGGUAUUUGCUUUAACUAUUAAAAUACGAUCGGAGAAGCUGCUGAAAAAUAUAAAACAUUGUAUCAUUUGAUUGCAAUCUUUAACGUGACCCUUAUUGCAAUAUUUAUUUUAAACAUAAUUUACAAUUACUGCUUUUAAGCUGACCAAUUAUAUAGAUCUAUAAUCUGUUUUUGCGUCUUGAUGGUGAUUCUUGAAAAAGCAAUAAAGAUACUACUUAAUUUAUCACACAUUCCAGUGUUUGUCAGAGGUUACCUCAGCUAUAUCUUUUACUUUUUGAUAGUAAAUUUUGGAAUGAAAUUUUACGAGAGGAUAAAUACUGAUAACAAUAAUGAAAAUGAGAGGAUUAAAGAAUUUUAUUAUAAUAAAGUCCAAUCUUUUGCUCUUUGGAUCUCAUAUAAUAUUGUUUUCUUAUUUAUUUGUUUCAUGAUAGAAGCUUAUUACGAUUUUAGUGGAUAUGUGUUAUUAUUUUUUUUGAGUUAUUUUGCCUUAAAUUCACUUUUAAGCAUUAUAUUUAAUGUGAUAUCUAGGUUUUUAUGUUUCAAUUUCAAGAACCAUAAAAAAGAAGUCAAUGAACCAUAGAAAAACAUUAAUGAAUUCAUGCCUGAUGAAUUUUCUUUAGGGAAUGAAAAUUACGAAAACAAAUUUCUUCAAAUUUAAUAAGAGGCAAAUUUUGACUUUUACAGAUUGCAGGAACAUGAAUUGCAAAAGGAAAGAAAAGAACAAUUCGAAUAACAGCCAGCAAUAUUAAAUUAAACUAAACGAUUUUGGGAAUCAGUAUAAAUAAAUAUGCCUGCUAUAUAAGAAGUCACUUAACCAAGCAUGAUCAGUUCUAGAGAUGGAGAUACUGAUAAAACUGUUGAUUCUAUGAUGUAUUCUAAUAAUCUUGGUAAUUGAAUAGACCAAUAAAUUAAG